AUGUUCGACCGUGAAUCAACUCCAGAGAAUAUUCCUAUAAAGCAAGUAGUGAAUGAAAAUACAAACGAGUUUGACUUAUCUUCUUCGGAGGAAGAAACACAAUUACCAGUAGCAUGGUAUAAAGACGAAAUAGACUUUAUAGUAUUUGUUACAAAACCACCGUUAGCACCUUUUCCUCGUGGCAAUCCACCAGAACGUUUAUGUCACCGUGUCUCUAAGAAAAUCAAGAAAGAACAACUUAAUUGGAGGCAUUCUAUAAGAGAAACAAAAAUAAUGUUAAGGAGAGAAUUGGAAAGGCUUUAUAGAAAAAAUAAUGCCUAUAAUAGAAAAUUUUCUCAGUUAAAAGAUUUAUUUGUAUCUUCAAGUCAAGAAACAAGAAUAACAUGGGAAAGUUCAACGACUCCUACCUAUAAACAUUUUGCUAAUUUUGAUAACAUUCAUUCAAUAGGUUGA